UAGGUACUGGUAUUGUCAUCGAUAUCGACACGCAAAGGCUCUUGGAUGGUAAGAAAUUGACAGCAGAAGACACACAGACCGCUGAUGCUGACAGGGAGCGGAAAAUACAUCUUCAACUGGAAAGAGACGAAAACUACUACUGGGGGAAAAAGUUUGCGAACUCUGCCGAACACGACAGCUUCCACGACGACAUGGCAUUCACAAAACUCAUGGAGCACUUCAAGAACAAAAACUAUACCCCAUCGCUACCACUAUAUAACACACUGCUAGCAGGCUUGGGGAAAAGGGGAAAUUUAAGGAGGGCCAUUUUUGUCUAUCGACAUAUGCUGAAUUACCACAGUAUAAAGCCUGACUCGAGGACAUAUACUGCCCUUUUCCAAGCUAUGAGUAUUUUCAAAGGUAUUCACCUGACAGAAGCACUGGAAAUGGAAGACGAAAUGCGAAGGCGAGGGGUCAAGCCAACAGUUCAGACGUACAAUGCAUUGUUGGCAGCAAUUCGCAAAAGCAAACAUCCCCAGGCAGCCCACGCAGCCUUUGAACGGAUGAAACAGGACAUGGUCGAGCCGGAUGUGAUCACCUAUACCGAACUCCUGGACGUGUGCAUGAGAGCAGACGGGGUAGGUGCUGCAAUGUCGCUCAUUGCACAGUUGAAGCAGGAAGGCGUGCAGCAAGACAUACAGCUGUACAAUGUGUUCUUUCGGCUGUGCCGCGACAGCCCGCGUGACCAGGAUAGAGCCGAGGCUAUUACCAUCUUCAGAGAGCUCUGCGAUGUGAGCGAUGAAUCGCUGCUACCCACAAUACACACAUUUGAUAUCAUGCUGGGUGUAUACACAAAGGCUGGGCACAGCGAGCUUGACCUGCUGAAGCUCAUAGGUCGCCAGGGUGUAGAGAUGGACAGUGGAUUCGAGUCCUCAUUGCUGUCACUGUACAGUAACAAAAAAGAUCGGGAGGCCUGCUGGAACUUGUACAGGAAAAUACAGGCAAACGAUCACCCGGUACGUACUUGGCC